AAAUAGCACAGAACACAAGACAGUCCUGCCAGCAAAAAAAAAAAAAUACAACAGCCUGUGAAGAGCAGUUUAAGGCAUCAAAGGUGACGUCAGCUCAAUUGAGAAACGUUUCAAUCCUGGCUCUGGAUAGCCUCCGGACACCACCGAACAACAGUGCAUGGAGUCCGAGGUGCUGGACUCUGCUCAGGCAGAGCACGGCUCGCUUCUGCUCAGGCAGCUGGAGAGGAUGAGAGUGGCUGAGGACCUAACUGAUGUGGUGCUGCUGGCAGAGGGGAUUCCCUUUCCUUGCCACAAGGUUGUGCUGUCUGCAUUUAGCCCUUACUUCCAGGCCAUGUUUACAUGUGGUCUGAAGGAGACCCGGGGAGGAGAGGUACCACUCAGAGACACUCCUGCUCAGAGCCUGGAGCUGCUACUGGACUACAUGUACCGUGCUGAACUCCCCCUUUCCAAUGACAACAUCCAGGGAGUGGCUGCUGCUGCCUUCCUGCUCCAUGUAGACGGAGCCUUCAGGUUGUGUCAGAGCCACAUGGAGUCCCGUAUGGACCCCUCUAACUGUGUCGGUCUGUACCACUGGGCCAGAGACCUGGGGGCCACUGGUCUGGCUGACUGCGCUUUGAGAUACAUCUGUCACCACUUUGCACAGGUUUGUGAGGAAGAAGAAGUGCUGGACCUGGAUGCCCAAAGUCUUGGGGAUCUGCUUGGUUCAGAUGACCUCAACAUAUCACAGGAGAAGGUUGUGCUGGAGCUGGUGCUGCGUUGGGUGGAGAGGCGCAGAGGGGACUCGCAGUGCGAAGCCCAGGCUGCGCAGUUACUCGGGCGUGUCCGGCUGGAGCUUGUGGACCCCGGAUUCCUCCGCAAAGCCAGGAGGAGAAACCCGGUAUUGCUGCGGGAUGCUGAGUGCUUUGGGAUGAUCGAUGCUGCUCUUCAGACCUCGGGUCUCUGUGAGACGUCAGCUCCACCUCGCCCAGCUCUUCGUUACGGCAUGGAGACCACUGAUCUGCUGCUCUGUUUGGGUGGGGUUAACAAGGAUGGAGUGCCUGCCCGCCGUGGUGGACUUGCUGACCUCAGUUUUUGCUUUGCCCCCUAUGGUAGGAAGGCUUACUACAUCCCCUCUCCACUGAGGGGCUGUGGAGGUAUGGGACAAAUCACGGGGGGAGCAGUGACACAAGACAACAACAUAGUGGUGGCCAUAGAGGCAGUUGACCAACACAGGAUGAAGAGGGUGGAUAUCUACAGGUAUGAUAAUUCGGAGGAGAACAGCUGGGUGGAGUUGUGCUCAGCAGCAUACAGGGACAUGUAUGCUUUAGGGCUGGUAGGCGAUGCCCUUUAUAUGAUAGGUGGUCAGAUGAAGGUCCACAAUCAGUACAUCAUCACAGACAGCGUGCAGAGAUGGUCUCUGAAGAGAGGAGGCAGCUGGCUCAGCUUCGCCCCUCUGCCUCUCCCUUUAGCUUGCCACUGUGCCGUGAGCCUGAAGGAGCAUCUCUAUGUGCUGGGGGGCUGGACACCACAGCAUCAGCCAGAUGAUGAGCCUGACAAGCUGAGUAACCGUGUGUUUCAGUUUGACCCCGGCAAGGACAGGUGGACAGAGUGUUCCAGGAUGAAGUACUCCAGGUACCGCUGCGGCACGGCUGUCGUCAAUGGGGAAAUCUACAUAUUAGGUGGUAUAGGAUGUGAUGGAGAAGACCACGGACAAUCACGUCGCUGUCUGAGCUCUGUGGAGAUCUAUAACCCAGAUACAGACACUUGGAGGGCAGGACCAACUCUGCCCACGUCCCUACUCUCCCUCCGAACCAGCGCCUCCAAUAUAGGAGCAGUGGAGGGAAAGCUCUACCUCUGUGGAUACUACAAGGGGGCCGGCCGUCAUGAGAUCAUCACCAAGGAGAUUUUGGAACUGGACCCCGCGGACAAUGUGUGGACGGUGGUGGAGAGACGAGCAGCCAUGCACGACAGCUAUGAUGUCUGUCUGGUGGCUAACCUCAAUCCUCGAAACCUCUUCACACCCUAAUGCAUCUCCUCCUGACUCUGAGCAACAAUGCUAAGGGCCAGGGUGUGCGGGAAAUAGGCUUCUGUCUUCUAAACCUCAUACAGCUUUAUCCAAACUUGGCUUGACGCUGGGAUUUCACAUGUAUCAACAACAAGAUUGAUAAACGUGUGAAAUCUGGAUAUCUAGUUGGUUGCCGUUGCUUUGCUGAACAAAGGGAGUCAGUCUAAAACUUCCCAAAAAAGGAAAUAUUCAGUGUGUUCUUUUAAACUCAAGUUUAAAAUGUCUGCAAGGACUUCUCCCCUUUGCGAUCUGUAAUCUUUGUAAACUGUAACCAUCAGCAAAUCCUCGUAACUAAACAACAAAGCUGGUUAGUUUCUUCGAAAAUGAUAGCUGUGACCUUUACAAAAAUUAUUCAUAAGAAUGUUUUCUCAUCUUUCACUGCUGUGGUUAAAGUUUGGCAGUUUAAACUACUUGAUUAAGAGUAGGGAAAGAUUGUGGUCAUGGGUAAAAGAAACCAACGUUUUCUGUUGGUAGGAAAAAAGUCGCAAACUGCAGGCUCUGAGGAUGUGUCCUUUGUAACGCUAUAAAAAUGUCAUGCCUCCUCCAUCUUUUCUUGUGAACGACAACAGUUAUUGACUGCAUGACCACACAAGGUUGAUUGUCACAAAAACAUAUUUGCCGUUCUGGCUUAAAAAAAAAAAAAUCCACCUACCAGCACCUUUAAGGCUCACUCGUUAACACGUUACAGUAUGUCUCAUUUGUUUAAUAGACCCUUGUCGUCACCGUGAGGUUGCCCGAAAACCAGGGGAGGCUCCAGGAAGUCACUGUGCCCAGAUGAGAAACAGUCCCACAAAUAACCCCACGUAAAACCACAAAUUGAAAUUUCUACAUGACUUUUAACGGUGGAUUUUGUUACCUUUGGACAGAGACAGUUUCUAGCUGUUUCCAGUUAUGCUAAGCUAAGUUAACUGUCCCCUGGCUGUAGCUUCUUAUUGAACAGACAGAUUUGAGAGUGGUAUCGAUGUUCUUGUCUAACCCUCAGCAAGAAAGCUACUAAGCGUAUUUCCCAAAAUGUCAAACAGUGCCUUCCUGUAUUUAAACAAAUGCUGUCAUUUUUCUGGUGUUGUGGUGUAGUUUUGUAGCUAUAUUGCCACUUUACAAGGCGGUACACUUGGAAAGAGUUAAAGAAUGGUUACUAAUGUCUUUAUUAAUGGUUAAUGAUUUGUGUGAAUGCUCCAAAAGUUCAGUAAUAACUCGUAAGUAACGGGACUUUGUGGGCUGCAAAGUUGUGAACCCAAAUUUGAGGUGAACAACCUUCCAAAUGAUCCCGCUUUGUCCUUUAAGCUUUGUGGAUUAGUAAGGACUCUUGUCGUGAACUUUUUGAACCCCUGACCUCUGAAGGAAGAAUGCAGAGUAUCUGGGUCGUUAUUAAAUAGUGACUUACUAACAUUUGUUACAGCAAGCUUGACUUCUUAUUUUAUAGCUAAAACCCAAAUUUAUAAGCCAUCAGUCCUGCCGGCAGUUGGGGAAAAAAAUCCUUCAAUGGGGUCAUUGUGAGGAGUCUUUAUCAUUAUAGUGGCUUGUUACUGAGUAGUUAAGCAUUAGGGUUCAUUAACUGUUUCACGACAUCACAGCCACAACCAAUGAGAAACCGAAGUAUGUCUUAUUGUGUUGUGGUUCUGAAAUCCUGUGAUCACUUUUUCGUGGAAUUUAUAGGCUAAGGUAAUAAAUGGAUACCAGUUAAGUUGUAUUUCCACACAUGAGUAACCUUUAUGUUUUCUUGAUUGUUUA